GCAGAACACCGGCUCUGUAAAGUGCUCCUCCAUCCCUGAAUAAUCCGAACCAAACCGGGGAAACCUCCGCCUCCUCCCUCGGUCACAUCCUCCAGCCGGUCUCCGCCCCUCCACUCCAUCACCAAACACCCACACGGCGACGGGAGCAGGAGGAAGCGGCAACCAUGAAGGACCGUAUGCAGGAACUUCACCAUGGGAAGGAGACAACAGAGGAAGAGGAUGAAGUUGCUGUGGGGAUGGAGAAGGGCUUCAUGGAUGAAUUCUUUGAACAGGUAGAAGAGAUCCGAGGUUUUAUCGAGUCCCUGGCAGAGAAAGUUGAGGAGGUGAAGAGGAAGCACAGCGCCAUCCUUGCAUCGCCCAAUCCAGAUGAGAAAACUAAAGCAGAGCUUGAGGAUCUAAUGGCGGACAUCAAGAAGUUAGCCAACAAAGUUCGCUCUAAAUUAAAGAGUAUCCAGCAGACUAUUGAGCAAGAGGAGGGGCAGAACAGGUCAUCAGCUGACCUGAGGAUACGUAAAACACAGCACUCCACACUGUCCCGAAAGUUUGUGGAGGUCAUGUCAGAGUACAACACCACCCAGUCGGACUACAGGGAGCGCUGCAAGGGACGUAUUCAGAGACAGCUGGAGAUCACUGGGAGAAACACAACAAAUGAGGAGCUGGAGAGCAUGUUGGAGAGUGAUAACCCAGCUAUCUUUACCUCGGGGAUCAUUAUGGACAACAUCACCCAGCAAGCAAUGAAUGAGAUCGAGACGAGGCACAAUGAGAUUAUCAAGCUGGAAAACAGUAUCAGAGAGCUUCACGACAUGUUCAUGGACAUGGCCAUGCUGGUGGAGAGCCAGGGCGAGCUGGUGAACAACAUUGCGCGGACUGUUAUGAACGCCCAGGACUAUGUGGAGGCGGCAAAGGAGCGCAUCCCAAAAUGCAAAAAGUUCAAAAAGACCAACAGACGGAAGCCGAUCCUGAUAGGAGGUUGUGUUGCAGUCUGUCUGGCCAUCCUCAUUAUUUCCCUCGCAGUGGGACUCAGUUAGGACCCGGAGAAACCCGGAGAAACCCUCACAAAGCAGACAGGGAGGGUUUGACCAUUUCAGUUUAAACUGCCAAUCAAACUAACUGCUCCUAUACUUCGAUGGGACUCUGUAAUGAGCCGUGAGGACUUUAAUUUAGUACUUAUAAAUAAAUAAAUACUGCUUGAUUGUCAGACCUGUUGAAAUAGGGGUUAGUACCUCAGAGGCUGCAAAACUGCCGCUAAAGCUUCAGCACUGCCCCGAUGGGAAGCAGGUCUUUCACUUUCUUUCAAAUGCUUUGAUUUAAAAAUUCUAAACAACAAAAAACUAAGUUAUGGUUCUUGCCCUGGGAUCUUUGUACUGUAACUGUCUGUAACUUACUGUUUUCACAUUAAUAGAAGGACACUGGCUGAAAAAAAUGUAGAAUAUAAAGCCUUGAAAUGUAUUACAAGAACAGAAUAGAGCAGCAGGAGAACAGCACGCAGGAGCCAACACUCACCCCACGAUUAAAAACAUGUUUAUUACACUGUAGUGUACUUUAUACGUAUAAAAAGAAGUUUAACUAAAAGGACUGGUUGAAGCAUCUAUGUCUGGUUGCUUCCAUCUUUUAAGGCCGCACAAGUCGACAUCUGAAUGUCACACAAACUUCUGUCAUACUACCCAGUUACAUUGAAUUGGAAACGUAUAUGAAAUGUGAAAAAAUAAUUUGUGGCUGUAAUGGACUUCAAACAGUCAUUUUGAUACAAUUUUUCUAAGUAAAAAGGACCAUUGUUUGUCUGGAGGGAACCAAAUCACAGAAUCUCAUUAGUGGAAUGACAGUUUUGAGUCUUUACAGAGGCUUGAAAUAGUAUUUUAUCUUGACAUUGGUUAAAUGGACUUAAUGGAUAUUAAUUGCCAUUUUGCAGCAACCACAUAAUCCAUUCUCAUUCAAAACUGCUUUGAUUCACUUUGUUUUGGUCCUCAAUUUAAGUUUACCUCCCUCUCGCGUGCAUGUUUACAACUAGAUGGUGCCAAAUAUUCGUGGAAUAUAUUAAUAUUUACCAAGGCAGCAACAACUGAACACACACACACACAUUGUAAUUUAUAUGAACGCAUGCAAUACCAAUACCAAACAAAUUAACAAGCUCUGCAAAUAACCAAAGCAUAUGCAGACAGGUGACUGUUCCAGGGAUACACUGUCAGUGUGGCGUGAUGUUGAUCAUUGUUUCACUCCUAUUGGUGUCAUAAUUCCUGGAUACUGUUUUUGCAGAUUAGUGUCUUUAAUACAUAUCCUUAAUUAAAGAAACACUCAAAAUAAACACUUUUUAUUUUAUCUUACUUUAGAUGUUUAGAUGUUGCAAGUUUUUGCACCACAACUGUUUGUUUGAAUAUGCUGUAUUGACAUGCUUUUUCUUCCUUUUUUUUUCUUUAGUUGCAGCAUGUUUUGUUGUCUCUGCCUCUUCAAUGUUAAGCUGUUGUCGUUUUUGUAUGUGACAAGAAAAAUGCAGGAACCAAAGAUUUGUGCUUUAGAGACAGAAUUUUCCAAAGAAGUUACAUUCAAAUCUAUUUUUGUUUUGAUUCUUAACCGUAUUUUUUUUCUGUCAUAAUAAUGAUUUUAUAUACAUAUUAUUAUAUAUAUUAUAAAAGUAAAGCGUAUGUCAUAUUUCUAACAUGAUUUUCUCUGCUUUCCAUUUGCUGCGCUGGAUGUUUGUUUGUUUUUUCCCAUUUUGCUGUUGUUAACUCUCUGCAGAAGAAAAUUAUGAUCAUCAUAUGCUGUGUGAUUCUGGGAAUUGUCAUUGCUUCUAUAGUUGGAGGAACGCUGGCCUAAACCUCAGCUGCAGGCGCACUACCAGACACACACAAUCACAAGGCUACACACAGAGAACAUUGCAAAACCAGAACACAUUUUUAAUUUCACAUCUUUAAAUGCAACCUACUACAUGUUAAGCACAAGAUGCAUCACAUAAGGUGUAUUUUACAGACGGUGUACAGGGCCAGACGUGUUAUUGCAUGAGUUGCUAUUUUGUAAAUGUGUGGUGCUGGAAACUGUUUAUCUGGGUGUUGAGUGUUGUCAAAGAUAUGAUGUUUCUUGAACACAAAAGUUGCAAAAUGAUACGUAACGCUAUACAGUACUAAUACAUUACAAGUUUCAAAUAUGACACUGAUUUAUUUGUAAUGUCUGGUUUGUGUUGUACAGACAAAAGUGACAGGUCACUCAUCUGAAGUGUUUUCAGAGCCACUUUCUGCUUCUCUGCAUAUUGAUUUAUUUUAGCUUUUGUCGUCCCUUCAGUUUUCACUCUGAUGUCGUCUACCUCCCUUCAAAAGCCCUAAAUGGUUUAUUUGACUGUAAAUUGGUGUUUUCUAUUCGGUUACAAAGGGGAGCACACCAAAAAAAAAAAAAAAGGUAGCUGUACUCAUGCUGGGUUUUUUUCUUAUUGUUGUUGUUUGUUUUUCUGCUUGUUCAACCAUCUGAGUGCCAAAUUUGUUUUUUGAGGCAUUCCUUGUAGUUGAGUAACGCAGCGCUCCCAUAUUUAUUUUAAUCUGAUUCUUAUCAGUGUUGAGCAUGAGUUGUCAUGCUUGUGUCUUAAACAGCAUAUUUCCAUGUGUAGCUGCACAUUGAACGUGCUGAAUGUGAGCCAUUGCGUGAAACCUGAGUGCUUGUCAGCCACUUGUGUCUUUGUUUUGUAAACUGCUACAAAGCUCUCUAACACUGCCAACACGAUCCAGUCUGCUACAACACAGUCUAGCCUGGCUGCACUGAUAUUUUUUUGGUCUUAAUUAUUAGUAUCAUUAUUAUUUAUUAAUCAAUCUCAAGCUUUAAUUGAUGCAUAUUCUUCUGUCCAGCAAUUGUUUUUGUUAAUUUUCAUGAGUCUAUGGAAGUAUCAACAUGAAAUCAGAGUAGCUCGUCCCUGUAAGAGAUUUUCAUAUGUUUUUGAGGACACAUCCAAAGUGUACGAAGUGCAACUAUGUUACCGUGUUGCCUAAUCAACUUGUUGCCUUUGUGUUGUACUGUGAUAAAAUGGUUUAACAUGUUUAACUUGCUGGGUUGGUUUUUUUCAUUUGUUUGUUUUUUCAAGUAAAGUUUGUCUGGAAAAAUCACUUUCGUAUUUGUGCUUUGCUUUGCAGAGGUUGUGUAAAAGGAAAUGCUGUCAGCUUUGAACCUGAACCAUGUUUACCUAAUCGUGGUGACACUGAGAACACUGAUCAGCUGCAUCAAUAAACGUCUGAUACGUAGGAUUUAUUUAUCCAGCCAGAAAAAUUCACAAUGCACGAUUUCCCUCUCGUGAGAUGAGUCAGGUACUCUGGUUUCCACUAAUACAGAACGUCUAUUACUGCAUGGUGGGGGAAGGUUUUGCUCCAUUACUCAUACUGGAGCCGUCACCGUUCAAAACAGCAGCUGAGCAAAAUUUUUACUGCAAAGCUCAUAACAGUCAUUUACUGGCGUACCUACUCCACUGAAAGCCAUAUUAAAUGUCUUUAUCGACACUAGUCUGAUUGUCGCCCUGCCUGUGUCGCCUUCUUGUUUUUUUCUCAUUAUAUGCCCAUCUAAAGGUGUGCAGAGGCAGUUUCUUCUGAAGCCAUUGGUGCUGACCCCUGGAAAUCAAAAAACUUACACAGAAGGAUCCCACUAUUAUUUGUAUCAAAGAGGAUAAUCUUUAGGAUGGCUGGCCAGUCUGGGAUUUAGUGACAUCUGGAAGUAAAGUUUCAAAUUACAACAGAAUGAACCCGUUCAUAUGUCAGCAGUCGAUGUGUUUGUGGGGUUGUGUUCACUGACUUUCCCUGUUUUGGUACAUAGUGCAAACAUAUCUUUUCUUCAGCUUCCAGCAGCUGUUCAUCACAAACAAACCAGUCAUGACUGUUUUUUAAGCUUCCUUGACAUUUGAUUCAGUUCAGCACCUGUGGAUUCAUAGUUUUUAUCAUCUUCAUCUAAACUGCUUUCUUUCUCACUUCACCUCCUCCUGUCUUCUUUGUUCGUGUCUCGGGUCCGGGUCCUCCACUUCUCUGGUUUCUGUUGUUGUAAAUUAUAUUGAUACGGGACUAAAAAUGAUGUUAGUGACUCAUUAGCUGCUGAGGUCAGCAAGAAAAAUUACCUAAGCAUUUCACCAGAAAGAAAACGUAAUGGUGUCAAGAAUACUACAAAACAAAAGACUGCAGAAGAAAAGCAAAGUAAAAUCCGCCAGACCCUGAACCUAAACCCAUCUUCCAAAGGAAAGCCACCCGUCGCUUUCAGUAUCACUGUUUUAAUCAAGGUCUGUAUCUAGAUAUUUAAGUAGAAUAUUGUGGAGAGUUGUAUAUACUGAGGAGGAAAGGAAAAUGUAAUCAGUUUAAGGACAUGUCUAAUUUGUUACAACAUGGAAAAAGCUAAAAGGAUAAAAUAUAACACCCAGAUGAAAGAUGAUUAGAUUUUUUGAUUUGAUUUGAUUUAUUUUUGUAAAUUAGAUGACAAAAAAAUACUUCCAAACAAAGAAAUGCAAUGCUUUUAGUUUUCAAAUAAUGGCUUAAAACAAUGACAUAUAGUAAAAUCCAAACUAAUAUGCUCAUUGAUUGUCAAUAUAUCAUUUAAAAAAGCAAUGUAGUUCAGACCCAACACACAGACAUGUUAACACAUGGUUCUUUUAUAUGAAGUUCCUGUAAUUCAAAUACACAGCACUGAAGUACCAUACAGUAACAAACCACACAUCUUUCUAGCAAUCUGUCUUUAAAAUGUGAUUACAAAGCUGGCCUUGACAGCAAGUCCUGUCUUAGAGGCCUGGAAAGAAGUAGAAGUGCUUUAGUAGGGUGCUCCUAUCAAUGGUCGCCAUCUGCCUGUCGUCCCCGAUUUGGAAAUCUUCAAAACGUUGCAUGACCUGUGUAGUUGAAACAAUUUACAUCAUUAGGAAUGGCUUACACUGAAAAUAAAAUAGGUAACAUCCUUACUGAUGAUUAACUGUGGUGUUUGAUAUUACUUAUCAUCUGAAGACGUUAUACAGCAUGCACCGAUUUUUACACCCAUAUAAUAGUUUGUGAUAAAAAAACAACAAACUUUUCUGAAAAGCUCCUGAAUGUGAUCUUGAUUUGCAGAGCUGUCGCAUUGAUCAACGAAGAACUGGAUGAGGAGAGACCCUUGAUAUUUAUUUCUGUAAGACACUGUAUCUGCAGGGAAAAACAUGUAGAUACAGAUCAAAGAGUGAAUUUUACAGUUGAUCAUUGAUGUUUAUCUCCACAGUCUCAUAAGCUACGACAUGAAUAGAUAAUAAUCUAAUGAUGACUAUACCAUAGUAAAUUUGUCAUUGUACUGACCAGGGGUGCAGGAGAGAAGAGAAAUGAAGUCUUUUUCUUUGUGCACCGAGCGUAUACUAUCUUCAUCCCAGCCUUGUUCACCAACUGGCUGUGACACGUCAUCGCUAACGAACACGGAUCCUCUCUCCCCUAAAACAUACAGGCUUUUAAUGUUAAUAGAAUAAAAUUAAACCAAGAUAAGUUGUAGUUUGGUGUAUAAGUAUACAGGUAAUAAUCACCUCCUCUGCAGGCCUGGAUGAUGAUGAUCUUAGGUUUGUUCAGAAGUGCUGGACAGUUCUUUGAGCCCAAGUGUGUGUAAAUGUUGUUGAUGGGAAACCCGUUAUCAGAAUGAUUGACACCAAGAACCACUCCCAGCUUCCCAUGGGACAUGACGACCACAACCACACUGUCUGUCUCGCUUAGUUUGGGAUGUUUAGCAAACUUAAUAAAGGCCUUGUUCAUCCCCUUUGAGAACAGAGAAAUAUGAAGUCAUCAGUGGCGUUAUCACUAAAACAACCUGAAUGGAACAUGAGCGUGUAAAUGGUUUCCAUAAAACCCAGUACCUCUCCGGUGAGGUCCGUGUAUGUCACCACCUCAUAUCCCAGACUUGAAAGCUGUCUCUCCAUGUUCUUGUGGUCUACCUCGGCUCCUUUUCUGUUCAUUCUUGCAUUAGAAAACCUAAUAUUGGUGAUCAGCAAGGCUACACGAUUCCUGUGGGAUGUUUCGGUCACAGGGUAAACCUGAAAAUCCAAAUAAGACAUAUUUAUUCUUGUUAAAAAUAAACUAUAAGGGUGGAAUGAACUUUAUUACCAAUAGCUGAAUCUAUUAAACAUGAGAUAUAGUCUGAUGCUUCACUGACAUCUGGAUCAUUCUGUUUGCUGCGCCAGAACUCUUCAAUGGAGAAGGAUUUUGUUGGAAAACCCCGAAUCCUCGAGAAAAAUCCAUCUGGAAACAACAACCAACAUCAUUAGGCUUCAAGAGACGUUUUUAAAAUCCUCCCAUUUUUGCACCUGUGAUCAUAACAGUGUUGGGGUCGCCCAUAUGCCCAUGUGAACUCUGAACUUAUAAAUGUAUAUGAACAUUUUGUGAAUGUGUACAUUCAACUUUGAAACUGCUCAGCUGAAAAUCGGCUGUAAUGUGCCUCCAAAAAUGGCCGCCUUGCCAUUAACUACAACCCCCAGCAUGCCUUGCGUGGGGGGGGUGGCGCCUACAAGCGGCGCGCAUCCAAUCGCAACGAGGCACCGAUGACGUCACCGCAGCGCGCGUAGGAUCAAAACGCUGCGCUGCUCCUUCAUCUUUCUCUUUUUUCCUUCAUCAACCGGUGGGCCAGCACGUACUUUUGACUCCGGGCCAAGGUCCCAUCUUCCUUUCUCCCCCCGGCUGGGGGGAGGUGUAAGGCCCCCCCAUCGGAUCGGGCCGCUCCGUUGGACCUGCAGCCCGUUGAAGCCGCGGAGCCGCUCCCAUUAACUCGGUCUCAACUUUUCAUCCGGAGCUCCGACUCCUGCUUCACGUGUCCCCGGUCCCUGGGAGCUGGAAAGGGGGGGGAGCCGCUUCGAAGCUCGGCCCCGGCCCAGGGUGAGACCCGUUCCUCUGUUCUAACCUCUCUCUCUGCUCUUAAACUUCACCUGAAAGGACCUGUGGACAGCCUGCCCCGCGCAGAACCGAGACGCAUCCCGCCGCCCCGUCCGGGGCCACGCGCUCAUCAGGCCGACGGGCACCCGCACUCUGAAGAAGUGGACCGGCCCCGCGCGCACCCGAGACGACGUGAUAGCCUCCGGACCGGGGGGGGAGCGCCGGCUGCUGCCACGCUGCACCCCCGUCCUCUCGUGAUUCCAGAGUCAGGAGGAGGAGCGGGAGAGGCGGGAGGACUCUCUUGGAUCGGACUCUGACCAAAGACCCGGCAGGAACCCCUGGUCGGCACCCGGAGACCCGAGGAGGCGUGAGGUUUUGAGACCUGGGUGUAUGAGUUUAACUGGGAGUGUUACAGAGCUAAAUCUGUGUUCAGAGCUGAGAUUACCUCAGCAUCAUUAUCAUGACUGUUGUCAUUAAUGUGUAGUCACCACUGUCUGCUAGUCAUUCAUGUUUUAAAGCGCCGUUUCGCCCGUUGAUCACGGUUUAAACACCGGGAUCACCAUCCGUUCUAAUUGCACGUGGCGUGGUUACUGUUCCGCCAUCUUUAAAAUACCACAGGAGCCCGGCUUCUUUAAACACCGCAGCCAUGUUUUAAACCGUACAUGUUCGUGAUAUCAUUUUUAUUAUUGCUUUGAUUUCUUUUUCCAUUCCAUGCAUUUAACUGUCAUUUAAUUUUUAUUGAUUGUUGUUUUUCUAGUUAGUUAAUGGUUUUAUAAUACUUAAGUUCUGCC